AUGUCAUCUCCGGCCAAAGAUCUCAGCACAUUGACUGUCGAUGAGCUCAUCAGAAACCUUAAGACAUAUGCGAUGAAGAUGUCUAUGCAGAAGGAAGAAAAGAAUGAAAUCAAAAGGGAAAAGAGUCUAGCUCUCAAAGCGGCUAGGGAAGAUUCAAGUGACGACGAAUCAGAGUUGCAAUAUCUCACAUGGAGAUUCCAUAAAUUGAUUCGAAAAAUUGGUGGAAUCCAGAGGAUGGGAAGCUUCAGCAAGAAUCUCAAAAGAAAUGAAUAUUCUUGCCAUAGGUGUGGAGACCCUGGCCACUUUGCUAAAGAGUGCCCUCUAAACAAACGGAAUGCAAGGGAUUCUUCCAGUGAGUCUGAAGAAGAUGAUGAAAAAAUGAACACAUCAAUGGUAAAUCUUUUUGAGGUAAAGAAGAACCUGAAAGCUUACUCUCAGAAUAAACUCAGGUCGCUGUUAGGCAUGCCAAUUGAUGCAUAUCAUGCCCUUAUCGUUGAGAAAGGUGCACUCGUUCAUAAAAUUGUGAUUCUGAACUCGAAAGAGACAAGAUGUAGGUGUCAAUUGGAGAGAUAUGUUGGUGUCAAUUGGAGAGAUAAGGGAACAAGUUGA